UCAGUGUAGGCGGUUGGGUACAGCCCCACUUUUCAACUGCUAAUAAAAGACUGCAAGUAUCACUGGUAAACAGAGGACCAGCCAACUUUGCAGAUACCGGACUUGCUGACAUGGAAGAGAAACUUUUUGGGCAGACUCUGCCAACUGAAUCUGCCUGUGGGGAUGCAAUUAUAGAUAUGGACCCGGACAAGUCUGUGCUCAUCCCCAUCAAACACUGCCGGGACAUGAAGCAACAGGAAAUGCGCCCCAGACUCAUCACUCUGCUCUUGCUGCUCAGCAGUAUGGCACUGUUCAUUUUUACCAUCUGUGCUGUUUUAUGGCAACGUGGAAACUCUGGAUCCAGCGGACAAAACUGCGCAGUAAAGCCAAGUCCAGCCUAUUCCAAGCAAGAGAGCGUUUACCCUACAGCUAAUCCUCAAACAAACAUCCCAAAACUGCACGUUGAUCUCACGUCUGUACCUGCAGACAACAAGACUGAUGGACUAUACUUGAAAUGGCGUGAUAAUUUUGGUGGACAACACAUCAAAGAGGAAACUGCCAUUGUGAUUCCUGAGGACGGUUUCUAUUAUGUCUAUGUGAGGAUUGAAUUAAGCUGCAAUAAGGGAGACUUCAACAGGUUCUACGCAGAGCUGCGCAACUGGAGUGAAAGUUACCCCGAGGCUAGACCCACGAUGAAGGCCUGGGAUGGAUGCACUUCAGAAGGGGAUAAGAGUGUGUUCAUGGGACAGCUUUUUGAGUUGUCUAAAGGAGAUAAUUUGAGAGUGUGGAUCGAACUGGGCUAUGAACUGAUCUCCACAUCAUCAUUUGGUGCGUUUCUCACAUAGAGAAUAUGCCUCCAGUGUCUCAGUCUCAAUAAUCUAUUUUUAAAGUAUUUUUUCAUUUAAAAACAAAUUCAUACUUUUUGUUCAAAAAACCCUCAUUCUGCCCAAGGCAGCACCUUGGAGUGCCUGUCUUUUUAAGCCCCCUCUUCUGAAAAAGCCCAAUCUGCUCCGAUUGGUCAGCAGUUGCGGGUCUUCCUCAUCUAUGCUCUCCUCGUCUGUGUCUGGUCCAUCAAUACUGCCAGGGGAAUGACUGACUACAUUUACUUGCACAUAAUAUUGUAGUUUUUUGCCCUUAUUCCGAAAAAGACGAUAUUCCGACUAAGCUGUUUACAUGGCUAACGAAUGUGAAAAUUCCACUAAUAUUCCCGUUUACAUGGAGCCUUUCAAAAUACGAUUUUGUCAGAGUUUACCAGCGGUGACGGACUUGUUGGACCGUGUGAACACAGCCUCGCCCUCUUUCAUUCCUACAAACAGCUUCUUGAAAAGGUCGGCGUAGCGAUGUUUGUGCUUAUCUAUAAUAAUGUGUCUGUCUUUGAUAAUGUUUAAAAGUAGUUAGUGUUUCUCCUUCUUAUCGGGUCUGCAGUCUUAAGGGCUGGUUGGUUUGUUUACAGCAACCAUAGCAAGUUUUUUUUUUUUAUUAGCUAGCAGUAUUUAUAAUAAAAAUUAUUGCUAACAACUGUCAAUUUGUCAGUUCACUCAAAUUACAAAUACAUUAUUUACCCACUUACCCCAGUGGUAUGUUUUAGAGUUUUGUUUUUAUUAGAUUGUUUUUUAAACAAAAGAAGAUUUUACUGCCCCCUCCCAAUAGAGCUCAACAGUGACCGCCCACUUUUUUAACGGCUCUGGUUCCAGAUGUGUUUUUCCCCAUUCAAUUGUUUCAUAGUUUUGAAUAUUGCUUAUAUAAAGAGUUUUAAGUCUGGAACCAAGCCAACCAGCUACGAGAUGAAUAGUGAGCAUAAAACAUUUGAUUCGGCGCAAAAAACAUUUUGAAAAAAUGGCGAAAAGGGAAAGGUAAGAAGACUAGCCGCUCGCGGUUUCGCGGGUACGGUAAACGUUCCUAUGGUAACAGUGAGUUGGACCAAUCAGAGAUGUUGUUGUUACACUUAGGAUUGUGGGUACUGUAGCUUUUCUCCAUAAGAUCGCAGAUAAGACAUGUUUUUCUUAAAACAAGGUUGAUUUCAUACGAACUUCUAGCUUCUACAGGAGCAGAAACUUCCGUUUCACAACCACGUAGUUCGUGGUCAGUCUACCACGGAUGGUUUAGACAUUACGGCUGAUAAUCUAAAUCCUUAUGGAGAAAAUCAAUGGGAUUUUUACUUCUGGAACCAAACUGUUCAGCUCUAUACAACAGGGAUGAUUAGAAUUUAAUUUGAUGUGUUCAGCAUGGAAACUGACAUAUUAGAAAUUCUCUAAAUAAUUCACAUACCUUUUUGUCAACAGUUAUCAGGGAAAACUAUUCUCUGUCAAUGUGCUGGGGCAUUGCCUCAGGAAAGACAUAUUUA